CGAUCUUUGACGAUCUUCCUCUCUUUGCGAGCACAAGCUAGCAACAGCAGAAAGGAAGUUUGAAAAAGCUCAUAAACAAGUUGUGUUUGCUGAAACGCUUGCGCCUUGGGAACCAUUCGUCUUUGUUAGCAGUGGGUGAAGGUACUGUAGAUGCAAACGACACAAGAGAAGAGAAAUACAUGGACGGAUGCAGCUACCCGCCUGUCACCAUGGAUCACACUUCCCCUUCACACUGCAUUUGUAAUUACGAGACGAGGACGAGAGCAGUGGCCGUCUGCUGAACAAACGAGGCGUUUUAUUGGGAGACGGCAGGAAUGAGGCCUAAUUGAAGGACACGGGGGAGGAAACGCCGUCCAUCAUUUGGAGCAUUGACACCUCCACUCAGUUAACGUAAAGACGAAUUUCAAGGUUGGAGCACCAAAGGACGAAAUUCUAUUUCAUCCUGAGCGUCUAAGGAGCUGCGUGGGCACCAAGCUCACAAAUCUUGCAAAUGGAGAUCUUGAGAAAGAUGCGGCCAGCAAUCUCAAUAAAAGGUGGCCGGUCGGCAGGCGCAAGGUCUAAUCGAGAGGUGGCAGAACGGACUAUUUCACAUCCGUCUAUCUGACAUACUGCAAAGCGAGUGACUUCUCUCUCUUCUCACUGGCAACCCCGAUUCUAAAGAGCAAUGUUGAUGCAACAGCACGCUUUUUGUUUGCACUGUCCAGAAUCGGAGCGUUUCAGCAGGAUCUGAGUUCCGGCGCUCUCCUGGAUCUUCUUCCCACUGAAGGAUGCUCAGUUCUGAAUGCAGUCAGGAAUAUUCCAACUACCGUUCAUUUUGCUGCUGCCCUUGACAGAUGACAUUUUGAGGGAUGUCAGGGAAAUGAGUCGUCGUCUCCUGCUGGACUUCUUGAACUAGACUUGAGAUUAUCUAAAAAGAAGCCGACUGGGGAGUUCCCGUUUUUUUUGAGCCAGAGAUCAGCUUUUCCCCAUGCUUUUCUGACUUGCCCGAGCCAAAAUCUUUUGGCGUCUGACUAAGAGAUGACCCAGGAACAGUGCAGUCAUAGGAACAAUGUCCAGACUUCAGACAAACCACAAGUGUACAAAGUGGGAAUCUACGGCUGGAGGAAACGCUGCCUUUACUUCUUUGUGCUGCUGCUGAUGAUCCUCAUCCUCAUCAACCUGGCGCUCACCAUCUGGAUCCUCAAGGUCAUGAACUUCACCAUCGACGGCAUGGGCAGCCUCAGAAUAACAGAGAAGGGCAUCAAACUGGAAGGGGACUCGGAGUUCCUACAACCACUCUAUGCCAAAGAAAUCCAGUCCAAACCAGGUCGCCCUCUGUUCCUGCAGUCGUCCAGAAACGUGUCGGUCAACGUCGUCAACAGCAACAACCAGCUGCUCACGCAACUUAUAACAGGAUCCAGUGGAUUCAAAGCACGAGGCAAGAUGUUUGAGGUCAAAUCCACGUCUGGGAAGCUCCUCUUCUCGGCCGACGAGCAGGAGGUGGUGGUGGGCGCCGAGAGGCUCCGAGUGAUGGGGGCCGAAGGAGCUGUUUUCAGCAAAUCCGUGGAGACACCGCACGUCAGAGCCGAGCCGUUCAAAGAGUUGCGGCUGGAGUCGCCCACUCGUUCCCUACUAAUGGAGGCCCCCAAAGGCAUCCAGAUCCUGGCCGAAGCCGGAGACAUCCAAGCCAUCUGCAGGAAUGAGCUGCGACUGGAAUCCAAGGAUGGGGAGAUCUCUCUGGACGCUCGCAGGAUUCGCCUGAUGCGACUGCCCGAGGGAAAAGCCUCAUCCGGCAGCUCCUCGUCCUCCGGCACCAGGCAGAUGGUCUACGAGGUCUGCGUUUGCCCCAACGGGAGACUUUACCUCUCACAGGCCGGGACGGGGUCCACCUGCCAAAUCAGCGACAGCGUCUGCCUCUAGGACUGAACCCUCAGCCAAUUAGGAACACUCGCAGGUAUCCCCCAAUUGAGACUGAUUCACAACAGACAUGGAAGCAUGAACAGUCACUCGGACUCGUAUUUUUGUAAAAAAAAAAAAAAACAGAGUGGAGAAGCCUCUGGACACUGUAUUUAUUACGUCGUACUACGUCGCUUUCUACAUGGAGAACAGUUGUUUUCAAUUCAAUCCACUAGAUUAACUGAUACUUUUUUUUUUUUUAUGAUCCCAAAGGAGCCUCUUAUCUCCACACUAUUGGGAAUAUCAACGGGGGCUCCGGAGUAUUGAUUUUAACGGCGCGAUCCAAACUGCCACACUUCUUCAUUGUGACACACUGAUCCAGUACCAGAAAACCACUAGGGUGAUCACCCACGCCAACAGCCCACUCCCACUCCUGUUUUUGACCACUCAUCUUCACUUUUUGCCCCUUUUGUAAGGAUUUACCACCAUGUGAACUACUCUGCAAAGUAUGUGUCAACAUGGCAUCCCAGAUCAAUGGUUCUCAAACUUCCCAAACGCCAUCUACAAACCUCCAAAACGUUUUGCUUUGUAAGUAACACAGUUUUUGCUACCGUUUUCCGCUUGCCGUCACGAUUUAGCUUCAAACGUGUGGUUUGUAGUCGCUGCUAAUCGGCUUAUGAAAUGCCUUUGUCGUUUUGCAGUAGGUCCUUUGAUCUUUGACUAGCGGUGGAUUCUGAAAAACAGCGGCGCUCUCCUGUCAUACGGAAGAUCUCUUCCUAGCAUUUUUGCAGUAGGUCCUGAAAAAACACCAGCGCUGUCCUGUCAAAUAUAGGAUCGUUGACUAAAAAAAAAACAGCAAAGCGCUCCCGUCGUAUAGAGGAUCUUUGAAUAGCAGUAGAUCCUUAAAAACAGCACAGCUCUCUUGUCACGCUGAGUAUUUUUUACUCGCGUUUUUGCAGUAGUUCCUUAAAAACAGCGGAAGUCUCAUGUCAUAUAAACGAUCGUUGACUCGCAUUUUUUUUUCCAGUAGCCCCUUAAAAAUCAAAUAAAUGCCAUACCUCAUGUAGAGGUGUCCUAUUGACUCUUUGUGUUAAUUAAUUAGUAUUUGUACAAGUAUUCCAUCUGUACAUGUCUUUAAUCUAAUAUUAUCUGAUGUUGCCACUAGAGUACCACUAGAUGGAGCCUGCGUACCACCAGCGGUACUCAUACCACAGUUUGAGAAUCAUUGACCGAAAAGUAGAUGAAGGAAUAUUUUUCAUUGAAACAUUCAGUGCCGUUUAAUAGCUGCAAGGUUGUUGUUUGUCGUUCAAGAAUUUCAAUUGAAGUUGCAGAUGGACGCUGGCGUGCCCAACGAACGUUCCAGGGAAUUACCAGUGCUCAACUACAUUUCCAGCCAAAUGCUGUUUUUGUUUUUUUUACCGGUCAUAUUCAACAUAAACUACAUCCUGCUCUGUGGUCACCCUACUUGUUUCUUGCACUGGGAAGCCAUUUUUUACAAAGAAAGUGAGGAAGAACUACAAAAAAAACGAAAAAAACAAAUGCGAGAGCCACUCUGUUGAAAGAGGGGGAACUGUGCCUGUGCCUUACGUUGACGCACUUGUGGCAAAAAGAAGAAGCACAUCACCUCCACUUUCUUUUGGCAUCGACAUGACCUCCACUUUUUCUUUCUUCUGUUUGCCUUUUGCUGCCUGUCUGAAUGCAAAGACCUCCUCUUCGUUUUUACUAAUUAAAUGUCAACACGGGACCCAAAAAAGUCACCUAACCUUACUUCAAGCCUGCCAGCUCGCCGUAUUGUGGCCUCUCCUCUAAUAGACACCGUGUCUCCAUUAAUUGAACAAAUAAACACCGCACCUCAAAUAGAAAGCCUUAAAGGAAUACUGCACUUUUUGUUUUUUAUUUUACCCAUCAUCCACAACCCUUAUGAGACCUGAACACACGUCUUUCUCUUUUCUGUGCGUUCUAUGUCGAGGCAAACCGCAAGCACGAGGCAACUAGUGAUGCAAUGUAAUGGGAUUCACCUGUAAAACCCUCUAAAAACUCCCCAAAUUGUAUAUACAAGCGUUUGAUAUACAUGCUUUGACCAUGUAGUAACAGGCACAUUCAUGAUAACAUGCAAUACUUACAGUAUUUUGGUCAUUUUAAGCAUUACUGGAACUUCCUUCCUGGGCCCACUGAUUCCAUAGAGUCCAUAGCGACGGACGCUACUUCCGUCAACAGCAGCAACAUGGAGAGAGCGUUUGCUAGCACUAAUCCUGGCAGACUUCGUGAGAGCCGUCGACAGGUACUUUUUACUUUUCCACCCCCCAGGCAGAGAAUUAACCUUGCUGGGUGCUUAGAUCCAGCUAUAGUGAAACACUGAGCUAUUCUCAUGGUGUUAGCAUGUAGCACUGGUGUGAAACGUUUCAUUGACAGCAUAAAAGCGUAGCGAGUGUCCGCUCUCACUGAGAUGCCGACUGAUGGCAUGGCUGUUUCUUUCAGCACGAGACUUGUGCUCCCCGCUGAGACGGUGAAGUCAAUUCAAACCCACAAGUUAUGCAGCAACUCCAGCAGCUACCGAUACCACUCGGUAGCGGCGUGAGGCCGCCAUGUCACUACGCCAGAAAAGUAGUUCCUACAAUAACAAUGCUGCCGUAGCUUGGUUGAUAUGCAGGUCGCGUUAUGUAACUGGAACACGGUUGGCGUUUUUUGGAGUUGUUUUAGAGGGCUUUAUAGGCGCAAUAUGUGCUUCCCAUUGCUAGCUACCUCAUGCUAGCUGUUUUUCUCUCUUUAGAAUGCACAGAAAAGAGAAAAAGUGCAGUUUUCAACAAUACACUCCAGUCAUAUACCGUCCAGCAGUGGUUCUUAACUGGUUUGGCCGUGGGACCCACCAUCACUUCUUAAUGACAAGCGGCGACCCGAAAUGUUGACAUUUUUCACCUCAAAUAUACUUAAUGAAAAGAAUUAGGAAUUUGAAUUUGAAUUUGAAUUUGAAUUUGAGGCUGUGCAACGUGUGCUCUUGUGCGCUGUGUAGCGUGCGGGGAAGUGUAGCUACAGCGAGGUUACCCAGCAUGCCUUGCGGGUUGUAGCAGCGGGUGUAGUUUUGCAUGUAUGUAAGCGUGUAAGUGUUAUUUGGCUCCCCGCACAGUGUGUGGCGCAGUUGUGUUGUGUGUCCCUUUUGUGUUGACUUGUUGUGUCGGUUUUGUUCGCACCACGAGCUAUGUAGGUGUUUGCGUUGAUGACCUCCUGCCCGUUUGUGCUGCGUUGGCAUGGAGUAAUCGCUGACUGAUUGCUGCAAAUAAAGAGCACUUCCUUAAAGUUCCCUCUUUGCUGUCCGAUUCAAGCUCGCCACAAUGUACUAACAGGUUUUGUUUCAAAUAGCACUACAGAGAGUUGUCGCCACUUUAAGGGGUAUUAAUAGACAAAACCUUCUGCAAAAAAAAAUUCCCUCCAUUAAAAAAAUGAAAAAAAACUGCCCAGGCAAGGACCUGCGAGCCACCAGUUGAGAAUCACUGCUGUAGAGGAUCUUUGACGAGUGUUUUUGCAGUAGGCCUUUAAAACAGCAGAGUUCUCCUGUCACAUGGAGGAUCUUUUGACUGGCGUUUUUGCAAUUGGGUGCUUAAAAAAGCAGAGCACUCCUGUCAUACAGGAAAAGAUCUUCGAGUUGCAUUAGGUCCCUCAUUUUAUAUUUAUGAUUUUUGACGAGCGUUUUUGCAGCAGUUCCUUAAAAACAGCAACGCGCCCACUUAAAUAAAUGCCAUACCUCAAAUGGUUUUUAUUCUUUAGGCAAACGAAGUCACGCGUCAUGCGAAGUCAUGCUGACGUUGUCCCUCGCUUGUCAAUGCUAACCGAGGUCUUUGCAUUCACUCCUUACCAACGUGUGCUGAGUGUUCAACUGUGUGCUAAUUUGAGCUUGGCUUUUCCUUUCUGCCGGUUGUGUGACGAGCAAAAAAAAAAACAAAAACAAAAAAACACAGAGAAAGUGACACACGGGGUUGUCAAGAGACUUUUAAUUUAUACAUUUAAUUUAUUAGGGCCCAGCUGGUGUAAGGGUCCUAUUGUAAUCGCUGUGUUUAUUAUUAUAUUUUUAGUAUUAUACGCCAAAAGAAUAUUCUAUUUUUUUUUUAGUUAAGUGUUAAACACUUUUUUUGCACAAUGUUUGCCCAUGAAGUAAUUUUCCUUUAAUUUUAGCUUUUUUAAGCAGAAUAUUAACAUUUCUUUACAUUUCAUUUCUGUUUAAGGAAAACUACACUUUUUUGGAAAUGUUGCCCAUCAUCCGCAAUCCUUAUGUGAGACUUGAACACACGUCUUCCUCUUUUCUGUGAGUUCUGUUUUUUUUUGUUGUUUGUUUGUUUUUUACAGCGACAUUGAUAUUAACAUUCUUACGCCAAAUAACUACCUUAUUGGCGUAGUGACACCUCACAACACUACACCGGCUAGCUACUAGCCGGCUAGCAACUAGCUUCACCACACACUGGCUCGUAGCGCCGCGCUCACAUUGACGACCGAAAGGUAACGCUACAUAUUGGAGCUUCCGCCGCUGCUGCUGUGUUUUUAGUUUUGGAGUUUGGAAAAGUUAAUGCUAGGUGUCGCGUUCAUUUCUACGUGAAAUCAAUGCGCCCAGGAAGGAAGUUACGGUAAUGCUGUAAAAAUACUGUAAGUAUUACAUGUUAUCAUGAAUGUACCUGUUACUACCUGGUCACAGCAUGGAUAUAAAGCCAUUAAACGUUGUUGGACGUGUUUUAGCAGCGGGCUUUGUAGGCGGAAUAGGUGUGUCCCAUUACAUGCAUUAAUUAGCUGCCUCUUUGUAGCAGUUUUUAUAUUUAUAGAAUGCGCAGUAAAGACAAAGACGUGUGUUCAUGUCUCACAUAAGGAUUGUGGAUGAUGGGCAAAGUUCCAAAAAGAGUGCAGUUUACCUUUAAAAUGUAUUAGCAGGCAGCUAGCUUCAGCUAAUAUUGUCCACCAUUAACACUGUAUGUGUUUAAAUUGGCAUACAGUUGCAUGGAAAUGAAGGAAAUAUGUCGUAAGUGAAUUAAAAAAGAAAAAACACACGGUUAUUUGGCCUUCAACUUAUAAAGUGUCUCUUGCAGCCCCGUGAAUGCGCCUUUCCUGUCUUGUUUCUGCCAUUGAACUUUUUCUUCGAUUGCCAUUCAUGGAGUUUUUCAAUGGUGCCAAAAUAAAUGAAAAAAAAAAAGGCGUUCAAACUCUGUGCAGUCAUUUUGCUUUCGGUGCACGCACAAUGCAGGAAAUACGUGGCUUCGCGAGACGGCUUCCAUCAAGGUGAGUUACUGAUUGUUACUUCUCAUUAGAAAGCUAAAAGCAAGGCCUUUGUGAUGCUUUUUCAUACUUCAUGAUCGUUGUGUUUCUGUGCAGCAAUAACGGCUGCAGCUGAAACACAGCAACAUAAAAAACACUCGCUUUUAAUUACAACAAACCUCAUUCACUUCUGACAAUAAAACACAUCAAAACAAAGACAACACAUUUUAAAUCAAUCACAUGAUGUUUUAGACCACCAGCAGAUAGAAUGUUGUAAAUAUUUUAAUAAGAGCUUCACGUUUGAAGUCAUUAAAACACGCAACACAAAAACAUAUGGAGGAUCUUUGACUGAACGUUUUUGCAGUACAGUCGUCCCUCGAAUUAUGUGUUCUCACUCUCACAGUUCUUCAAAAAUAUAUUCAUGUAUAAAUCAUGCUGUUUUGUGUUUGAAUGCG